UCUUUCUUUAUUUUUUCUUGUCCAGUUGGCAUUUAGAAUAUUAUCCUUGGGGAGAAAUUGGUCCUAUGGCUGCUUCGUCUCAUGCCUCUAGUAACAGUAAGGCUGUUGAUUCUAUUACUGCUGCAAUCACAAAUGGUAGUGCAACGCCUCAACGAUCAAUAAGCCUUGACCCACCGAAGCAGAACCUCCGUGGGCUUAACAAGCCAAAGUGCAUUAAAUGCGGCAAUGUUGCUCGUUCAAGGUGCCCCUUUCAGUGCUGCAAGAGUUGCUGUUCCAAAGCUCAAAAUCCUUGUCAUAUUCAUGUUUUGAAACAAAAUGGUACUCUACCCGACAAGCCACCGCCAUCUAGCUCACCUUCAUUGGAACAAUCAUCAACUGAUGCACCUUCGACUGGAUCGUCGUGGAGACUGAAUUCACUCAGACAACUUUCCACUGCUUUUGCCAAUUCUCUACGAUCUAAGAAACCUUUGACCCGGAAGGAUGCUAUUAAUAUAAACAAGUGGAGGUUCAUGAAGUUGAAGGAGCACAUUGAAGGAAACAUUGAAGCUGAAAAUGAAGCAUUUGAUAAGUACAUACAGAAUGUCGGUCUACUGGAGGAAACAUUCUCUGUUGUCGAGAUGCUCAAACUAGAGGACCAGCAAAUACUAGAAGAUGUAUCAUCGGAUGACAAAAUUCAUAAGUUGGUAUCUGAGAUAAAAGUGAAGCUAAAAUCAAAUACUGAAAGGGCAGACAACUUAAGAGAGAGGAUUCGGAGCCUGAUUAAUCAGAAGUUAAGGAAGUUGCAGGAAAGGGAGCUUUUUAAUGAUGAGGGCUUACCCUAUGACGAAGAACAAGAUGCCAACAGAGAGUUCAAAAGACUAAAGAAAGUUAUAAAAUGGCGUGCUGAGAGAUAUGCAGCAGUGAACGAUCUUAUGGAUAAGUUGAAUAGAGCGCGAAGUGAAGAUGAUCUGAAAUCUUGCUUGGAGUCGAAGCAUCAACUGUUCAACCACUCCGAUGUUAAUUUUAUAGACAAAUCUAAGGAUCCAAAUUCUGAGGAUAAAAUGGUGCACAAAGAAGAAUCAGACAGUUUGCCUGCUGUCUCUUCCUAUUCUUUGCCUAUGGUUUGUUCAACUGUUCAUAUUGAUCCGGCCGCUCUCUCUAAUAUCGAUGCUGAAUUUUCAUCUCUUGGUCAAAUAGCUCAAUUGUGACUCAGAGCAUUUACAAAACCAUGAGCUUGGACACCAUUCAUACCGCAACUUUCCAUGAAUAUGUGCCUGAGGAACUCGUAGCAAUGUUGCAGAUAACCCUGAAAAUGUAGACUGGCAGGUGAUGGCCUUGUCCAAGUUUUUCCUGGUGGAAGAAGUUUGCUGCUAUGGAAUGAAGCAGCAUAUCGUUUUCCUUUGGUUUCCAACUUUACAGUCAUGUAUCACAGCAUGUGAAACAUCCCACUUAAUAUGUUAAAUAAUUGUCUGUUGCAGCUCCUCCUGCAACAUUUCAACCGAGGAUCGUCCAACACGGUAACAUCUUAUGAUUAUGGUUUUUUAAGUGUUUUCGGUCUCGAAAACAUUUAUAGAUAUGGUUUUUAUGUCCA